GUUUUAUAGCGGGAACAAACAACUCUUUCGUAUCACUCUUCAUCUGAAAAAAAAAAAGCCAAAAAGAAAUUUUUCUAAAAAAAUGGCGCCAAAGAACAAAGCUAGGGUUUCCGAUGACGAAGAAAUGGAAGAUCAACCUCAAAAGAGUCUCUACCAGGUUCUUGGUUUGGAGAAAACGGCUUCUCAACAGGAAAUUAAAAAGGCAUAUUACAAGUUGGCGUUGCGGCUUCAUCCCGAUAAGAAUCCCGAUGAUGAGGAGGCUAAAGAGAAAUUCCAACAACUGCAAAAAGUUAUUUCCAUUCUCGGGGAUGAAGAGAAACGAGCCCUUUAUGAUCAGACUGGUUGCAUUGAUGAUGAUGAUCUUGCAGGAAAUGUUCAGAAUCUUCACGAGUUUUUCAGAACAAUGUACAAGAAGGUCACUGAAGCUGAUAUCGAGGAGUUUGAAGCAAACUACAGGGGAUCUGACUCAGAGAAGAAUGACUUGAUUGAUUUGUACAAGAAGUGCAAGGGGAAUAUGAACAAGCUUUUCUGUUCAAUGCUUUGUUCCGAUGCUAAACUUGACUCACACCGAUUCAAGGACAUUCUCGACGAGGCUAUAGCUGCUGGAGAACUUAAGGCAACAAAAGCCUAUCAGAAAUGGGCUAAGGAAGUGUCAGAAACCAAACCACCUACGAGUCCUUUAAAGAGGAAGGCAAAGUCGAACAAGCAAUCUGAAACAGAUCUGUUUGCAGUCAUAUCACAACGCCGAAAUGAGAGGAAAGGCCAAUUUGAUUCAAUGUUUUCGUCUCUAGUAUCGAAGUAUGGUGGUGACGAUAUGCAAGAGCCAUCUGAAGAGGAGUUUGCAGCUGCACAGAAAAAGCUGGAGAAGGGAAGGUCUUCAAAAACACCCAAGCAAUCAAAGCGAAAGUAAAAAAAUAAUACUACGUGUGUAUAAUUUAUUUAUGUGAAGUGUGUGAACAUGACAUUUGAUCCUUUUAUGUAGUAAUCAUAUGUUAGUGUUUGUUUGGUGUUUUUUCUUAUGCGCAAUGUAACGUGACUGGUUUGGAACAACCAUUUUACUUGAGUUGUGUUGUGACCGUAGGUGAUUGUUUAUUUGUGUGUGGAAGACACUAAAAUGGUUGUUGGUUUUAUAAAUUUCUUCUGAAUGUUUAUAGGUGAUUAUAAGAUUCAAUACUCAUCAACCUAUGCCCCA